AUGUCGUGGGAGAUGAUGGCGCCUCAGAAGCCAUUGUUCUUCAGAUCCUGCUUUAAUGACUGUGCCUUCUUGGGCAUCGUGUACGACCCUUGUCUCCUCCGGUGGGGCAACUUCGACUUCCCCCGCUUAGAAAAGGGCAUCUGGUGCACAUCCUCCUCCUGUGGCCUGAUAGGCAGCUACGAGGCCGUCAUAUGCGACGGCGUGCUCUACUACUUCAUGAGCCAUCCGGAUCUGACCACCCCCCACUUAAUGGCGUUGGACCUCAUGAAGCCGCCCUCUAGCAUUCAGUCUCUGCUUCAAGAAUUUAUUCCUGUGCCAUACCCUCUUAUCUGUGCUGGGUUGAUCAACCUAUCGAACAAAUUGGUCAUGGUUGGCAAGAAAGACUAUUGGCCGCACGAGGGAGUAGUGAUUUUGGAACUCGAGGAUAAGACAUGGCGGGAAGUGGCUCAAAUGCCCAUCUCCAUGUACAAGAAAUUACGAUGCAACUAUUUAAUCUGCUGUUGCGGCACCGAUGACUUCCUCUUCAUGCACUCCUCAAUGUGGCAGUCACUACUGACCUUCGACAUGAGGCAGAAGGUGUGGAAAUGGUUGAGCCACCACUACCUUGAGCAGUUGCACUUCUGCAAUGAAUCAGAGUCCCUAUUCUACUGCGUCUUCUGCUUCGAACCGAGGCUCGACAUCUCCUCUUGA